AGCCGUGACAGUCUUCCGUGAGUCGUGGUGCAGGUGACACGGAUUCUACUGGUGAACCCUCAGCAAUUUUUUGUUCCUGAGCACCACACCGUCUGCGUGUUGGCGAGAUGGCUGGCGGAGCGAGGCGAGGCUGGGCAGCGGCAGUGGCGGUGGCGGCGGGCGUCUUCACCAUCUUGUGCCACUCUGUCGCUGCGCGCCAGGCUCUCAAAGGGGACCCGGGUCUGCUCGGGGACUCAGGGCAAGACUUGUCCCGCUAUGUCGCCUCCACUGCCGCCAAGUCCCGGUCCAAGAGAUACUUCCUGGCCUUCCCCUCGUCGUCCACCCUCACCUUCAACAACAAGAUUAAGGUGCCGCUCUUCAGCAAGUUCAACGACAACAUCAAGGGAGUGUUCAAGGGGUUCAUCCGCGUGGCCUACACCCUGCCGAGCGACACCAUCACGCUGGGCCGGGCCGCCAUCGACCAGGACCGCGUGCACACUUACACCUCCAUCGAGUCACUCUUCUCCAACCUGGGAGUCAACGGGCACCAGUGUUUGCUGAAAGCCAUCUGCGAAACCGCCGAGGAGCCCGCCGAGGACUACGGUCUGGUGGGACAGCUGCUCGACCUUGUGCUCGCACCCAACCACGGGCUGCAGACGGCGAGAGAGGCGCUGCGGGAGUACUCAGCGGCGGAGAGCUACGGGCGAGAGGUGGGCAACUGUGACCUGGCCUACUCCACCUGCCCCCUCAACCUGCCCGAGCUGCUCACCGCCGGCCUGUCCGUCCUGCAGGGGUCUGUGGGCGGCGGCUCCCUCUUCUGA